UUACAUCCAUACCAGCGUCGUCCAGUCCAAACGCGAACCCGUUCUUCGAUCUCGUGAGAGAGAGAGAGAAAGAAAGGGGGAACCAGCGAGGGUGGGGAGAGAGCGGCGGAACAACGGAGAAGAAGCAACGCUCUCGGCGUUGACCAGAACCAUGGUAGAGGGGACCGUUAUAGCUGUUUGCCAAUUUGGUGGAGAUUUUGUCUCAAAUGAUGAUGGAACUAUCUCUUACAGUGGUGGAGAAGCUCAUGCAAUAGAUAUCAGCCGUGACAUGAAGUUUGAUGAUCUCAAGUCAGAAUUAACGAGUAUGUUUAAUAUUGACAGUAGUCCCUUGUCUAUCAAGUACUUUCUUCCAGGCAACCAACGAACUCUUAUCACAAUAUCUAGUGACAAAGAUCUAAGGCGCAUGGUUGAUUUUAAUAUGGGUUCUAUAACAACAGACCUAUACAUCUCAAGUAAGGUUGACAGCAGGGCACACAGGAAUAUUGCAGCUGACUCAGGUACUUCUAUAGUUGACAAAGUUGGUGCUGUCUGCAGUGUCAGAUCAGAGAGGCUUACAGCUGUCAAUGGAAGUAGCAAAAGGAUUGUUGCAGCUGAUUCAGUUACACUUUCUGCCUCUUCCCCGACUGUGGACAUUGUUGAACAGCAGAGAUUUGUCACUGAUGACAAUAUUGAAGACAGGGCAACUCACAGAUCCCUAGCUGACUCAAGCACCCCUAUCAUCAUAGCUGUAGAUGCUGCUGAGAAUGCUGGACCACAGUCUGCUCCUUGGGAUUGUGUUAUUACUGAAGUCGGGCAAGAAUUUGAUAACGUGAAAGCCUUUCGUGAUGAACUGUGUAAAUAUGCUUUUGUCAAAGGUUUUGCAUACAAAUAUAUAAAGAAUGACAAUGUUCGCGUAACUGUUAAAUGCACUGUAGAGACUUGUCCAUGGCGGAUACAUGCUUCAGGGUCAGCUCGUAAGCAGAAGUUUAUAAUCAAGAAAUUCAACAAUGUACACACAUGUGGAGCUGGAAGUGGUGAUGAUGGUCACCAACGAGCAACAAGGCAUUGGUUAGCAAGGAUUGUAAAGGAAAAAUUACUGGAUAAUCCACAGUCAAAGCCCAGAGAUAUUGCAAGAGAUAUUUAUCGAGAUUAUGGAAUUAAUUUGAACUAUACUCAAGCUUGGCAUGCAAAAGAGGCUGCCCAGAAAGAGCUUCAUUUCUUGCAUGAAGAGGUAUGCAAUCAGUUGCCUCGUUUAUGUAAAAAAAUAAUGGAGGCUAAUCCUGGUAGUAUAACCACAUUAGCUGCAUCUGUUGAUUCGAAGGUGCGUCGUGUAUUUGUCUCUUUACAUGCCUCUCUUCAUGGUUUUGAGCAUGGGUGUCGACCUCUUCUUUUUCUUGAUAGAAUUCCUCUAAAAGCAAAUAAUCAGUGGAAGUUAUUAGGUGCAGCUGCGAUGGAUGGAGAUGAUGGUAUCUUCCCAGUUGCCUUUGCUGCAGUGGAAGCUGAAACUCACAAUAGUUGGCAUUGGUUCUUAGUACAGUUAAAACAUGCAGUAUCAACAUCUCGUAAUAUAACGAUUGUGUCUUGCAGACAGAAGGGCCUAGAUGAGUCUGUGCCCAGAGUUUUUGAGGAUAGUUUCCAUGCCUACUCUCUGUUUCAUCUAAUCGAGGAAUUGAAAGCAGAAUUGAAGAAGAGUUCUUAUUCAGAACAAGAUAAGCGUGCAAUUGUCAACAAUUUCAAAAGUGCUGCCCAGACUUAUGUAGUUGAUGACUUUAAUACAUGCAUUGAUAGAAUCAAAAAUAUUUCAACAGAUGUUGCUGAAUGGGUAAUGUCUACUAAGCCUGAACAUUGGUCGAAUUCCUUAUUUAGAGGUUCACGUUAUGAUCAUCUCUCACCAAACAUUGUAGAAUCAUUAAGCAGAUGGAUUGCAGUGAAAGAUGAGUCCACAAUAGUGCAGUUGAUUGGCGCAUUGCAUGCUAAGAUAAAGGAUGUUUUGGAUUCUCGUAGGCAAACUUCUAGCACAUGGGCUGGAACACUGACACCAUCAAUCGAGCAAAAAUUACAGAAAGAGAUCCCCAAGGCCCGAAUGCUUCUUGUCGUAUGUUCUUCUGAUUCUGUAUUUGAGGUUCAUGGUAGUUCAAUAAACGUUGUUAAUAUUGCUAGCUGGGAAUGCACAUGCCAGAGGUGGCAGCUUAUGGGAUUGCCUUGCUUGCAUGCUAUUGCGGUCUUUAAUCGUGUUGGUAGAUCUGCAUAUGACUAUUGCUCUAGAUAUUUCAGAUGUGAAAGUUAUCGUUUGACCUAUUCAGCAUCAAUCAACCCAGUCCCAGAUAUUGAGAGCAUCAGUUCUGUAGCUGGUGCAAAUUCAUAUCCCCCUCAUACUCAGCGCCCACCAGGACGACGAAAGAGAAAGCGAAUUAAUCCUCGUAAGACAAGUAUUAGGCCACUCCACUGCAGUAGGUGCAAGGAGGCUGGUCACAACAAGGCAACGUGUGAAGCACAGUUGUAGAUUCAUGUUAUAUCUGUUUAAGUUAUAUGGUAUCUUCUUUUGACCUUUGGAAAGCAUCUGUGAAGCAUGGCAUGUGUUGUUUUUUUCUCCUGAUAUUGCAAGAGGUUUUUGCUUAUCUAAGGCUUAUAGAUGUAUCAUUUGCUUUAUUUUUCAUCCUUGUUAUAAUUAGAUGUCGCGCAAGCUCAAUGUAAAAUGAACACCCCUUUCUUUUCAUAAUGACUGCCUUCUCUUGAUUUGGAGGAUCAGGACAAUUGUAAAUUAAGCAGCAGCUAUCUCCAUUAGUUGUUUGUAGGAAA